UUUGAAGGGAAUUCUGGAGAAUAAGCGAAGGUGGAGCGCCGUCUAUGGUGUCUGUGAAGAACCAUGAGAAUUUGCAGCGAACGGCGUCGUUUCCUCUUCCUUCUUCCUCUUCUCUUCUUCCUUCCACAUCUCCUCUCCUUUCUAGAGUUGCAUCGUGACCUAACCUUGCAAGAUCAGUCCAACAAACGAAGCAAGAAAUUCGACCAUUUGAUUCUUGGCCCUGCCGCCGGCCAAGGCCACCCCGAUCGGUUGCAAUGCUCAGGCACCAAAGCCCUCAACGGCACUCAUUUCCCUACUACUCCUCAUUCGGCCAAUACUCGGGACAACGUUCACUUUGUAACUGUCUUUACUGUUUAUAAUGCUUCUCAGGAUUCUAAAGUGAUUAGCAGAUCAACUGACGUUGUAAAAGUUGGGGAUGCUUCAUAUAAUAAAGUGGAGAGGUCGAUGGCUGUUUUAAACGUCUUCAUCGACUUCAUUCAGGUUUCAAUGCCCCAGAGUAAUGUAAUAAUUUUAACCGAUCCAGCUUCAGAUCUACCGAUACGCAGAGAUGGAGUGGCUGUGUAUCCAAUACAGGGUGAAUAUUCACGAGACACAUUGAUGCUUCAAAGAAUCAGGUCUUACUUGAGCUUUCUAGAUGCAAGACUUGCGGAGCAACGGCGGGGUCCAAAAAAUACUGAUCAUUACAUCUUCACGGACUCGGAUAUGGCGGUGGUCGGUGAUUUAGGAGAAAUCUUUCAUAAGCAUCCAAAUUUUCAUCUGGCUCUCACUUUCAGAAAUAACAAAGCACAACCUUUGAAUUCAGGGUUUAUAGCUGUGAGAGGUACUGAAGAUGGAAUUCUAAGAGCUAAGGCUUUUCUCCAAGAAGUGCUGAAGAUAUACAGUUCAAAAUUCAUGAAAGCAUCACGAAUGCUCGGAGAUCAAUUAGCUCUUGCAUGGGUUGUGAGGUCAAAUCGUUCAUUCGAUGCAAGGAAAUUCAGCAAACCAGAAACCUUCAUAGAAGAAAUUAAUGGCGUUUCGGUACUUUUCUUACCAUGCGCCUUGUACAAUUGGACCCCUCCCGAGGGUGCAGGUCAAUUCCACGGCAUGCCCAUGAAUGUUAAGGUUGUUCAUUUCAAAGGAUCAAGAAAACGACUUAUGCUAGAAUCUUGGAACUUCUAUAGAUCCUCGUCCAGCAUCUCGGACAUGUUGUGCCUCAUUUUAAGCAGUGGCCGAACGAAGUAUGAUUUUUAAACAAAGGUUAGAGCUAUUGUUUUCUCUCUUUUGUUAGCCUCCAAAUCCACUUGAGGGAUCUUCUUCUUCUUGAGAUUAUUAUUCUUCAUGAAUUGUUCAAAAGCUCUGUACAUUAUACUUUUCUUUUUUUAACUAAAAAGUUUUACAUUCUUUAUUGAA